AUGGCCUCUGCUAUGUCCGCGGAUCAGUUCCGCUGCUGCAUCUGUUUGGGUUCCUUCAAGAACCCGACCUCCAUCCCGUGUGGACACAACUUCUGCCUGGCGUGCAUCAAACGCUUCUGGGACACGGGACACAAGUCGGUGUGUCCCAUCUGCAAAGAGGUCUUCAAGAACCGCCCAGAGCUCAGGAUCAACGUCGGCUUGAGAGACAUCACGAGUCAUUUCGUGAGGUCUCGGAACCACAAAUCGAAACCCAAGCCGAUCCAGAAACAAUUCUCCGGGACCAACGUCCCCUGCGACAGUUGCCACGGAGACAAGCUACCAGCGGUCCAGUCCUGCCUCGACUGCCGGAAGUCGUUCUGUGAAAGUCACCUGGCUCCUCACCGCAGGGAACCCGUGCUGACCAGGCACCGGCUCACGGUCCCGGGCGCCUUCACUCACAUCUGUGGAAGUCACCACAAGCUCCUGGAGAUGUUCUGCAAGGACGACCAGACGCCCGUGUGUGUGAAGUGCGUCGCGAAGGACCACCGACGCCACAGCACCGUCCCCAUCGAGAAGGAGAGCAAGAGGAUCAAGACUCAGAUCAGGAAAACUGAGGACGAGUUUCAGCAGAUGAUCCAGACCAGAAUCAAGAAGGUUGAGGAGAUCAGGAACUCGGUGGAGAUGUGCAAAACCCAGACCGACCGGGAGAUCCAGACCAGCGUCCAGGUCUUCACCAUGGUGAUCAGCGCCAUCGAGAAGAACCAGGCUCUGCUCAUCGAGGAGAUCGAGAAGAAGCAGGAGGCGGCCGAGGAGCGAGCGGAGGAGCUUCUGAAGGAGCUGGAGCAGGAGGUGGAGGAGCUGCAGAGGAGGCGCGGCGAGCUGCAGCUCCUGGAGAACACCGAGGAUCCUUUCCACCUCCUGCACUAUUUCCCCCCCCUGAGCGCUCCACUGCCCAGCAGAGACUGGUCCGAGGUCAGAGUCCACUCCGACCUCUACAUCGGGACGGUGAGGAGGGCCUUCUCCAAGCUGGUGGACACCUGCCACGACCUUGAAAAGAAGCUGUCCUCAGAAGAAAUGUGCAAGAUAAGUCAACAUGCAGUGGACGUCACUCUGGAUCCGGUGACGGCCUCGAGUUGGCUGCUUCUGUCCACCGACGGGAAAAAGGUGAGUCUCAGCACCCAGAGGAGACCCUCGCUCGCUGACGCCCCCCGCAGGUUCAGCGCCUGCGUCUCCGUCCUGGGAGAACAAAGCUUCACCUCCGGGAGACGCUACUGGGAAGUUCAGGUUGGGGAUAAAACGGACUGGGACCUCGGCGUGGCCCGGGAGUCCAUCAACACCAAGGGCGCCAUCACGGUGCGUCCGGACAGCGGCUACUGGGCGAUCUGCCGGCGCAAGGGGGGGAGCCUGAGCGCCUGCACCAGCCCCUGCAUCACCCUCCAGCUCCAGGAAACCCCGCAGAAGGUGGGCAUCUUCCUGGACUACGAGGAAGGGUCGGUGUCCUUCUACGACCCGGACGCAAAGACUCACAUCUACACGUACAGCUGGUGCUCGUUCAGCGAGCCGCUCUAUCCCUACUUCAACCCCUGUCUCCAUGACAACGGGAAGAACACCGCCCCCCUGGUGAUCUGCCCGGUGGACUGGAUUCCCUGA